UAAGAACCUUGCGGCCGACGCGCGCCACAGACAGACUGCGGGGCUUGUCGUUAGAGGCGCGUAGCAAUUUUAUGCGUGUGCCUCUGCCGUUGUUUCUUUUGCCUCCCGCGCUUUCGCUCGUCUCUCUCGCUCGUUGACCAUGAAGACCAAGUUUUGUAAUGGUGGCGAAGCCGACUCUUCCCCACUCGGGCUUCUGCUGGGGUGUGCCCCGGGCCCGGUCUUGCCCGCCCUCACUCAGUCGCCCUCGUCCCCAUCAUCGCCACCUUCCUCUCACGCUGAGGCCGAAGUGAAGGAACUGGGGCUCCGGGAACAGCAGCAGCACCAGUCUUUUGAUCUGCCGCCUGCCCCGCCAACCCCUCCCUCCCCGCCGGUUGAGGAGCAGCCCGACCCCCGCACCCGCCGCAAGGCAUAUCUUUGGUGCAGGGAGUUUCUGCGGGGGGCGUGGCGGGGGCUGCGGGAGGAUCAGCUGCGCAUCACACCCAUCAGGGGAGGCCUCAGCAACAUGUUGUUCCAGUGCUCGUUACCAGAUACCAUAGAGACUGUUGCAGAUGAACCACGCACUAUUCUUCUUCGUUUAUAUGGUGCCAUUCUACAGAUGAGGUCCUGUAAUAAAGGAGGAUCUGGACAAGCUCAGAAGGAAAAUGAUUUGCAGGGUGCAGAAGCUGUGGUUCUGGAGAGCGUUAUGUUUGCCAUUCUUGCAGAGAGAGCUCUUGGGCCAAAGCUCUAUGGAAUCUUUCCACAAGGCCGUCUGGAGGAAUUCAUACCUAGCAGGAAGCUGGACACGGAGGAACUAGGCUUGCCUGAUAUAUCAGCAGAAAUAGCUGAGAAAAUGGCUAGGUUUAAUGGUAUGAAAAUGCCGUUUAAUAAAGAACCUAAGUGGCUCUUUGGAACCAUGGAAAAGUACUUAAACCAGGUGAUGAGAAUCAAGUUUACCAGGGACUCACGUGUUAGAAAACUGAACAAGAUCCUCAGUUACAACCUGCCUCAAGAAAUGAAAAGCCUACGGUCCAUGCUUGAAGCUACUCCAUCUCCAGUUGUGUUUUGCCAUAAUGACUGCCAAGAAGGAAAUAUUUUGCUGCUUGAAGGCAGAGAGGAUUCUGAGAAGCAAAAACUGAUGCUUAUUGACUUUGAGUACAGCAGCUACAAUUACAGAGGGUUUGACAUUGGAAAUCAUUUCUGCGAAUGGAUGUAUGACUAUGUUUAUGAAAAAUACCCAUUCUUCAAAGCAAACUUCCUGAAGUAUCCCUCAAAGAAGCAACAGCUUCACUUCAUCUCCAGUUAUCUAGCUGCAUCUCAAAGUGGGUUUGAAAACCUGAGCAAUGAAGAUAAAUCCAAAAUAGAAGAAGAAAUGUUGAUUGAAGUAAAUAGGUUUGCCCUUGCAUCACAUUUCUUCUGGGGUCUGUGGUCCAUUAUACAGGCAAAGAUAUCAUCUAUUGAGUUUGGAUACAUGGACUAUGCACUCUCAAGAUUUGAUGCCUACUUUGACCAGAAGAGAAAGCUCAAAGUGUGAAGGUUGAAGACUUGGACAAUCAGUUUCUGUACUGUAUAAGGAAGGCAGCUGGGCAGAAAUUCCACUGUGCUUAGGCUACUGUAGUUGUAAUGAAGGUUUUGCAAAUUCCAACUACUCGGAUGCAAUGCUGAAGACUGCACAAAAUGGCUAAGUUUACUUUUUUACAGUUUCAUAAGUCCUUGGAAUGAGAGUUGACAGCUGAAGUAUAACAGUGCAAUAUCAAGCUUUUUAAUCUAGAUGGUAUUAUGAGGGAAGUUUUGAGUUUUAAUGUGAACCAUCCCAUACUUCAAGAGUUGACAGUGUUAACUGUGGUCCCUGUUUUAAGUAAGGUAUUUUAGCAAAUUCUCUUAAUGCAUCAUAUAUGCUACCAGUUAAUGGGGAAACCACAAUUCUUUUUAGGGAAAGUUGUUCUACUGUGAAUUCUGGCUGAAAAUCUGUUUGAGCAGUGGCUGAUCUCAUGGGAUAUGUCAAACCAUUCACUUCCAGAAAACUACCGGUAAAUUAACACUAAAACACAAUGGCUAAACAGCAACAAAAGAGUGCAGUCUUUCUAAGGUACCUUUCACAUUCUGAUAUCUUGGUAGAACUAAGGUAUUUACAGAUGCAUCUCAAAUGAACACACAAGAGUUGCCAUCUCAUUCCACAUCUUUGACCAAGGAUGUGCAUUCACUGCCCAGCAACAGUCCUGCAGUAUUGUAUUGUUGUACAGGAUGUUCCCUGCGCUGGCAGCACUGGGAUGAGUGCCUUGAAUUCCUCUAGCUGCCCCUUUUUGGCUUGAAGGAGGAAGAGAGGGGCAAAUGAGAUGGUGAGCAAAUGAGGAAUGUUUGACCAAUUGUGGCAUGCUGGUGCCUUGUGGGGGCACAGUGCUCCUUGUUUAAAACCCUGCUGCUUUCCCCAUCAGAUAAGUGGAUGUUUCUUGUUCAGAAGAGACAAUGAAAUAUGUAUAUGUGAACUUCACAAUAAGUGUUUGUUAUCUUGAGAGCUUUUAGAAACAUACCUAUCUUACCAUCCUUAUUUGACGUGCUUUCUGCUAACAUAUUGUAUAAAUAAACUUUUUUUAAGCCUUUAA